AUGGGCUUGAGUACCAGAAAUAUCCUGAAGUUGUCACUCGCAUGUCUCGUUAGUUUGGCAACGGCUGCAAACACUCGCAAACCUGUUCAUUUGAGUCUCUCUGGGCACAUUGACCAGUCCGAGGUGUACUCAUUUGUAUAUGUUCCAUUCGAAGUGGAAGAGGGCGUUACGUCCAUCAGCGUCGUGCAAGACUACGCACUGAAGGGGAACGGCAGUUCCCUAGACCUGGGUCUAUUCGACCAACGCGGGAUCGACGCUCCCAACUCAUUUGGUGAAUUCGGAAGUAGAGGAUGGUCAGGUGGGAAACGAAACAAUUUCACCAUCACGCCUGCAUGGGCAACACCGGGCUAUAACCCCGGACCCAUCAGCCCAGGAACCUGGAAUGUGGCACUGGGACCGUACGAAUCCACGCCAAAAGGCAUAGACUGGACGCUCCAGAUCACGCUAGGCUUCGAGCCCGCCAAUACAACAUUCACAGCGACCUACGCGCCGACAAGCAUGGACCCGAUGUGCAAUGGGUGCGCCGAAGGAGAAGACUUUAUCUGGCAGCGCGGCGACUUCCACAUGCAUACCAUCUACUCCGACGGGGAAUACACACCCGAACAACAAGUGGGCAUCAGCCAAGCGCAGAACUUGUCCUUCAUCUUCCUGAGCGACCACAACACAGACACGAGCAACCAGAUCGCCGGAGCGGUGCAAGCUGCACAGGCGCCGGAUCUGCUGAUCGGUCGAGCAAUCGAAGUCACGACCAGGUAUGGACAUUGGCAUGCCGUCGGCAUAGACAGGGAGCAGGUAAUCGACUGGCGGUAUAGGCCGGGUGAUAAGCCUGGGUUUGCGGAGGCGGCGGAGCAGGUCCGGCGGGCUGGGGGCUUUGUGUCUGUGAACCAUCCGUUUGCGGAGUGCCCGGCCUGCAAUUGGAGUCUUGGGUGGGAGAGCAAUGAUGCUGUGGAGGUUUGGAAUGGGCCUUGGGAUUCGACGGAUGAGCUGGCGGUGCAGGCGUGGCAGGGUAUGCUUGUUGCUGGGAAGAGGGUUACGGCCGUUGGGGGGAGUGAUUCUCAUUCGCCGCCUUCUGUUAAUGGGUUGCCUACUUCUGUUGUUAAGGGACGGGGACGGAGUCAGGCGGCGAUUGUUGAGGGCGUUAAGAGUGGGAGGGUUUAUUUGGUGCAGGGGCCUGGUAUGGAUGUUGCUUUGGAGGUGAGGUCGGAGUCUGGGGUUGCUCCGGCUCAGAUUGGGGAUAGGGUCAGUGGUAAGAUGAAGCAGGUUCGCUUUUCUGCGGAGGGCUUGGCUAGGCAGCGUUUGUGUUUGGUCUCUGAUCGGGGAUAUUUCUACAAUGCUUCACUUGUGGACCACAAGGAGAUUGUGCACGCAGUCCCUUCAGGGGCGAAGUUUAUCAGGGCGGAAGUGAGGAAUUCGACUAGUGAUGAAAUGUUGGCUCUUACUAACCCCGUGUGGUUCUCAUGA